AUGGCUUGUAAAUUGAAUGGGAAGGCAAAGGUUUUUGAAUUCUCCUACUACAUUCUUGCUGUCUAUUAUCUUGAUUCUUUGGAUUUUGGGACUAAAAUUCCUGAUCAAAGUGCCCCUAGGAUUUCUGUUUGGAAUGGGAACUUGAUAAGUUUCUUCUCUGAUCUAGACCGCACAAAGAACAAUGUGUUUGGAAAGACUCAUCUGAAAAAGAGCCUACCGUCUUGCUAUAUAGAGGAUUUCUCGAAAUGUGAUAAGGAUGCUUCAACUAUCUAUUUUGAACCAGCUUCUAUUUCUUUGGCCUUUAAGAAGAAUUCACACUUGAGGUUUGGCGAUGCGCUUGAGGGCAAGAUUAUUGAUGGCAUCAUUGCAGUCCAGUAUGCAAUUACUGCUAAACAUCGCAAUGUCUCCAAAGCUGAAUUGUGUGUUACUAAUGUGUUGGAAUUCUUGAAGAAUUUGAAGUCUGAACCUAAUCUAGUCACAAGAGAAGCUACCAUCCCCAAAUUAUUUAACAUAUAUUUUUCUGUUUUGUCUGUAGCUCCUGCAAUGCCUCCUGUGUGUAAGGUUAUGUCAAGGUUUCCUCAUUCAGCUGCUAAUGAUAACAACGAUGUCCAUCAAUCUAUAUCCUUUGGAGGUUUUGUUGUCGAGAACAAUAUCACAUCUCCUAUUUCGAAGAUCAAUUUUGCUCAAUGUUUUGUUGACAAGGAUGUCUCUGGUAUUCAAAUGUCUCGAGGAGUUACAGUAGAGAAGAAAACAUGUAGAAGCAGCACUAUUAGUGGAUCAAAAGCAGCUCCUAUCCUCGUAGCUGAGAACUCUCCGAAACCUAUUUUGAAUUCUCCCAAAGUUAAUAAUGGGUCAAAGGAUUUCCGCUUGAGACAAGUUGAGCUUGCUAGCAAAAGCGAUGAACUGUAUAACAAGUUGAAUAACAAUGCUGUUCAGAAGGAUAUACACCCGCCUGCUGGAAAAAUUCAAAUUGAUAAUAACUUGGAUCAGUAUAUAGAUCUGUCGCAGCAUGUUGUUGAAGAGAAGUUCCCGAAAGAUGAUAUCAUCAUUCUGCAGCCCAAAAACUCUUUGGAGCUCCCUUUGCUUCAGAAUCGUCGGUUUCCUGUUACAAACGAUGAUGUCAAAAACUUCUGUUCUAUUGUAGAAUUGGCAUACACAGAAGGAGUGCAAAAGUCAUGCUCUGUUAAGUUCUCUAAGGUUCAUUGUAGCUUCAUAUCACUUGGGCAAUCUUUACAGAGGGAAGGCCACGUUGACAACUUCUUGAUUCCAGUUUUUUGUCGGAAAUUGUUCGAGGAUAAUCAUCCUAGUAAAUCUGGGAGGCACCAUUUCUUCUCCUUCAUUGGUGAAAACAUUUUGGACUAUAACAAUGAAGUUCAGCUAGGAUUAAUUUCUAAAGCUUUUCUUGGUGCAGCAUCUGCAAGCAAAGGGAAGAGACUGGAGCUAUCUGACAUGCUAUUUUUCCCAAUAUGCCGCUCACGUCAUUGGUUUACCUUUUCCGUUAAUUUCAAGUUCAAGUUGUUUAUCCUUCUCGAUUCUCUUUACAACCAAGACGAUGAAUUCCAUACUUCCAUCAAAAAUGUCCUUAUUAACAACUUUGUAAAACUAUGGCAACUGAUAUUCCAAACCGAGGAGAAUAUUUUUAGGAAAUUUUCAAUAAUGUAUGCCAAAGUCCCAAAGCAAGGCAACGUGUGA